UGUCACUGGUUGUGAAAAAUGUCAGGUAAUGUAGUUUUUGGCUCUCCUUUGUGUGUGCGUAUAAUUAGACCUAAUAGCCUAGAAGACUGUCAGAAUAGUCGUGUACGUGACUCAGGUCCUCAUUCCGUGCCAUCUGUCCCAGUUCCAGGCUGGAACGACCCUCCCCAGUUCUCCCAUGCCUCUUUGGACUCUCAUGGUAUCAGGAGGAGCAGGCUGAACAAGAGGCCUUCGCCCCACUCCCACCCCUCUCCUCUCCCUCCCUCUUCCCUCUCUCCCCUUUGCCCCCCUCCCUCUUCUGCGCCACCUACACAAACAUCACAGAGUGGUGAGGUAUCAUCUGGGGUAGUCGGAGUAACCGACUCCGGAGGUGGUGGAGUGGAGGAUGAUUACUCCAGAGUUGUCGAUGGGUUUCAGAUGCAGCUGGAGCGACACAAGACUUCCAUGACAGAGAAGGAGGUGGAGGAGGUGAUGAAGAGAUUGGGUGCAAUGAGGACGCAGUGGAACAGUGGAGCUCUCUCACCUCAUGUCAUGACACACACGACAGCUCUACUUACAGCUCUUGAAGCGGGUAGAGUUGAAGAGGCACGAAGAAUUCAGGUGGCUCUGAUGGUGGACCAUACUUCUGAGGUUAAUAUGUGGAUGAUGGGGGUUAAACGACUCAUUGCUAGAGCAGAGAAACAGACUGACAAUCACAAAUCAUAACUUAAACUCAAUCAGAUCUCUAUUUUUCACAAAAAUAAUCCAAACACUCCUAUUAUUACAAAGUGAUCAAACUAGACACACGAGGCAGUUGUCCUAUGCCUUGAGCUGGGCCAGCAGUUGACUGUUCUCAGACUUCAUCUGUGCCAGAUCUGCCUCGAUCUCCUUCAGAUUGGCUGCCACCUUCUUCCCCGACUCACUGUCAAUCUGGUCUUCGAGGUCUCUCUGAUCUCU